AUGAUGCAAUUCAACACUCGGCAGGAGUCAUUUGCUGAAGAGUUAGCCAGGCAGAAGGCUGCAUUUAAGUAUCAAAGACGAGAGAUGGAUGCCAGAAGCGAAGAGAUCAGACGACGGCAGGAGGAGGCCGAUCGGCGACACCGCGAGGCUACACUUACUCUGGAAAUGGCGAUGCAGUUGACCCGGGCCAAUGCCCAAACCGCAGCAGGAGGAGCAGUCACACAGGGAGCAAAUAAUAAUGAUGCUGGUCGGAGAACUCUUAGCAGAGCCGAUUCUCAGAGCCCAGAUAGAAGUAGGAGUAAUCCUCCUGGUUCGGAGGAUGAUGGGAUCCGCUCUAGAACUUCUUCGACACAAACGGAGAACUCUAGAACUCCCUCCAAGAGCCACCGGUCGGAAACUUCUAGGUCAGGAAGUCACCGGUCGGGCAGUAAAAAGACUCAUCCCAGGAAGGAUCAGCCAGAGCUCCCCUCGUGA